ACAUUGUUUGUGAUUGUGAUUAUAUCCAUAGUUUCUUUUCUUGUUUUAUCCUCCUAGCACUUUGUUUCGCCAAAAUUAAUUUUUCUGCGUUUACCAAGUUUUAUAAUGUCUGAAUCAAAACAAUCUACAGAAUUACUUAAUGGUGAAAGCAUAAAUAAUUCUGAAAAUCAAUUUCCUAUUGAAAAAAAUUGCAACAUGCCGGAAGAUAUACCUGAAUCAUCUGAAAUUUCAUCUAAUGAACCUCUACUAGAAAAUUCUACAAACAUUCCUAAAUCUACUGAAUCAUUCCAAACUGAAGAUGGAACAAAAUCAAAAAAUUUGGACACAAAUUCUGUAGAAUUAACAAAUUCAAACGAUGAAGAUACUGAAGAUGAAUGGAUAGAUAUUACAGGAAGUGGAAAUUUCAAGAAAAAAGUUAUUGAAAAAGGUCUAGGGCCGGACACUCGCCCAAAACAUGGUGAUAGAGUGACUGCAGAUAUUUUUUUCUAUGUUAAUGGGACUUUAUUUGAGGAACAUCAAGAUGUUAAACUUAUUGUUGGAGAUCUAGACAUGAUGCAAGGUAUUGAUAUGGUUCUUUGUUUAAUUGAAACAAAAGAAAAAGCAAAAGUCAUUAUACCAUCUAAGCUGGCUUAUGGAAACAAAGGACGAUUACCUGAAGUUCCACCAGAUGCUGAAAUUGAAUGUGAUAUAGAAGUGAAAGAAGUAGAAUCUUUAGAUCUUGACAGCCUUUCAUUAUCAGAAAAAUUAAAGUUAGGAAAUGAUAAGCGAUUAAGAGGAAAUUAUUUUUAUGAACGUGGAGAAUUUAUUGAAGCCAUCCAUUGUUAUGAAAGAGCAGUUGAAUAUUUGGAUGCAAUACAUGAUUGUUCUGGUGUUUCUGCAGAGCAAUCUCAGGAAAUUGUAGAUAUGAGAAUUAAAGUUUAUAACAAUAUGGCUGCUUCUCAUAUGAAGUUAAGUGCAUAUAGUGCUGCCCUUAAAUCUGUUGAAUUGGUUUUGAAAGUUCAACCCAAGAAUGUAAAAGCUUUAUUUAGGAAAGCAAAAAUUUUGGGUGCUCAAGGAUCUACAGAUGAAGCAAUUAUGUGUCUAAGAUUAGCUGCAAACUUAGAACCAGAAACUAAAAUAAUUCAAGUGGAACUCAGUAAAUAUAAAAGCAAAAAGAAAAGAGAGGAAGAGUCUCAGAAAGCCAUGUAUCAAAGAAUGUUUCCCCAAUCAGUUCCCCAAAAGUCAUCUUCAUUUUCAAAGGCUUUGAAGUGGAGUAUGGUUACAGGUGGUGUGUUAGCAUUAGCUGUAGGAAUGGCUGCAUAUCGACAGUACCACAGCUGAAAUUGUUUUCCCUCGGCUCAUUCUUAAUGCAUUGAAUUCCAUUUCUUAGAUGCAUAAUCUUUUAAAUGAAAUUUUAUUAUAUCUUUGGAAGAAAAUUUCAGUUACAGAUCCAUUCAUUAGACUUGCCAUAUAUCUUCCUCCUGCAGCUAUAAAAUAUUAUAAAUUUCUUUAUGUAUUGUUUUUAGAUUAAUUUUCAGAAUUAUUAUUUACCAGAAAAUUAGUUCUGUUCUCAAAGACCAAAAUUUUCUUAAUUUUGUUUGUAAUCAAAAAAUGGCCAGUAAUUCUUUAAAAAAACGUGUUUUUCUUUUUUAAAAAUUAAAUAUAAUGUUUUCUUUUUGCUUUUUUUAUGCAUAAUGUUUUACAUGAUUUAAAAAUUUUGUUCACACUUCAGUCUUUUUCUUUAUACAUCUUUGAUGCCUACUUUUCUCUCUCUCUUUUUAUAUACUGAUGUUUAAUUAUAAAUUGACUUACUCUAGUAGUAUACCAAAUUAGGAAUGAUGAAGAUGUUUGUAAAAUAUAUUAAAAUUUUUUUGUUCAUCCUGCUUUAAAA